CCCGUCUCCAGAAUCUUCCGUGUACCCCUGACCAGAACCAUACUAAAACCCUAGUCCCUUGCGGGACAAAACCCCACUCUCUCUCUCUCUCUCUCUCUCCCUCUCUCUCGCCGGCUCUCUGGUUCAUCUCGUUUCAAAAGCUUCCCAACAUGCACAGGUUGUCGAGGCGGUCGACCUCCGCUAUUCUGCGGAUUGUUGGCGUACAAUACCGUAACGCCGCAGCACCAAUCGCCUCUGCCACACACUUCAGUGAUUCGGCAGUGGAGAGUGAUAUCCAAUUUAGAUGGUAUUCUGCAUUAACUCAUGGGAGAUAUAAUACAACUGAAUCUGCUGGGCAGUUUAGGAAUGAAAUAUUUCUAGGAAAAAGAUUUGAGUCAACUGCAGCAGCAUCUGAUUCCUCAGACCCGCCAGCUGAGAAAUAUGAGUAUCAAGCUGAGGUUAGUCGCCUUAUGGACCUUAUUGUUCACAGCUUGUACAGCAACAAAGAGGUGUUUCUUCGUGAGCUUAUCAGCAAUGCUAGUGAUGCCUUGGACAAGUUGCGGUUUCUUAGUGUUACAGAGCCUGCACUUUUAAAGGAUGCUGUUGAUCUUGACAUUCGCAUUCAAGCAGAUACAGAUAAUGGAAUCAUUACUAUUACUGAUUCUGGCAUUGGCAUGACCCGCCAAGAACUUGUUGACUGUCUUGGGACUAUUGCACAAAGUGGUACUGCAAAGUUCUUGAAGGCAUUGAAGGAUAGCAAGGAUGUUGGUGGUGAUAGUAAUUUAAUUGGUCAAUUUGGUGUUGGAUUUUAUUCAGCAUUUCUAGUUUCUGAUCGGGUGGUGGUCUCAACAAAGAGCCCCAAUUCUGAUAAACAAUAUGUUUGGGAAAGUGAGGCUGAUUCUAGCUCCUACACUAUUCGAGAGGAGACAGACCCAGAGAAGCUUAUCCCAAGAGGAACCUGUCUUACUUUAUAUCUCAAGCAUGACGACAAAGGUUUUGCACAUCCAGAACGGAUUCAGAAGCUUGUUAAAAAUUAUUCGCAGUUUGUUUCGUUCCCAAUAUACACCUGGCUAGAGAAAGGAUACACUAAGGAGGUUGAGGUUGAUGAGGAUCCUGCCGAAGCUAAAAAGGAUGAGCAAGAUGAGAAAGCUGAGAAGAAGAAGAAAACCAAGACUGUUGUAGAGAGGUAUUGGGACUGGGAGCUCACUAACGAGACCCAACCAAUAUGGCUUCGCAACCCAAAGGAAGUCACUACAGAGGAAUAUAACGAGUUCUACAAGAAGACUUUCAAUGAGUAUUUGGAACCGUUAGCAUCUUCACACUUUACAACAGAGGGUGAGGUUGAGUUCAGGUCUAUUCUUUAUGUGCCAGCCAUUGCUCCUUUGGGAAAAGAUGACAUUGUGAAUCCAAAGACAAAGAAUAUAAGACUCUAUGUUAAGCGGGUGUUCAUUUCUGAUGACUUCGAUGGGGAACUGUUCCCACGAUAUUUAAGCUUUGUAAAAGGUGUUGUGGAUUCAAAUGACUUGCCCCUCAACGUUUCUCGAGAAAUUCUUCAAGAAAGUCGCAUUGUACGGAUUAUGAGGAAGCGUUUGGUACGCAAGGCAUUUGACAUGAUUCUUGGUAUUUCUAUGAGUGAGAACAGAGAUGAUUAUGAGAAGUUCUGGGAGAACUUUGGUAAGCACUUAAAAUUGGGCUGUAUUGAAGAUCGUGAAAAUCACAAACGCAUUGCACCGUUACUUCGAUUUUUCUCUUCCCAGAGUGAGGAAGAGAUGAUCAGCUUGGAUGAGUAUGUUGAGAAUAUGAAACCAGAGCAGAAGGAUAUAUAUUACCUUGCCUCCGACAGUGUUUCGAGUGCAAAGAACACACCCUUCCUUGAAAGAUUGCUGGAGAAGGAUCUUGAAGUGCUGUACUUGGUUGAUCCCAUUGAUGAGGUUGCCAUCCAGAACUUGAAAUCAUACAAGGAGAAGAAUUUUAUUGAUAUUAGCAAGGAAGACUUGGAUUUAGGUGAUAAGAAUGAGGAGAAGGAAAAGGAGAUGAAGCAGGAGUUUGGCCAGACUUGUGAUUGGAUUAAGAAGCGGCUAGGUGACAAAGUUGCCAAUGUUCAAAUUUCAAACCGUCUCAGCACAUCGCCGUGUGUUCUUGUAUCUGGGAAGUUUGGUUGGUCUGCCAACAUGGAACGGCUAAUGAAGGCCCAGACUGUUGGUGAUACAUCUAGCCUGGAAUACAUGAGAGGCAGGAGGGUGCUUGAAAUCAAUCCUGACCACCCCAUUAUGAAAAACUUAAAUGCUGCGAGCAAGGCGUAUGCUGAUGAUGAAAGUGCCCUGAGAGCUAUUGAUCUUUUGUAUGACACAGCUUUGAUUUCUAGUGGUUUCACUCCUGAAAAUCCAGCUCAGGUUGGUGGUAAGAUAUAUGAGAUGAUGGGAAUGGCAAUCUCUGGCAAGUGGUCGGCGCCUCAACAGCCAGAAAUUCAACAGCCUAUCAGCUCAGAGACAUUGGAAGCUGAGGUAGUCGAACCCGUUGAAGCUGGUGGUCAAAAAUGAGAGAUGCCACAGUUUACUAAUUAUGCGAAAACUUAUACCAGCCGGUGCCUUUAGAGAGGAGUUUGGAGAGUAGUAGGGCGUAGUAGAAUGUGGUAAUUUAACUAGCCUUUUGUCUGGGUGCAUAUUUUUUUCCUCAGCAAUGUAGCUCUUAAAUCAUAGUCUGGUCCUGUUACUGUGCUGUUCAUUUGUUGAUAAAUUUGGUUAAUCAGAAGGGAGCACACUUGACACUCGCUUGACACUGAGAUUAGCUGAAUAUGUAUUAUGAUGUGAUCCCCCAUUAAAAAUAGAGUUUGAACGAAA